UGGGUGGGUGGGGUGUGCAGGGAAGGGGCUGCAUGGAGGAGGACAUCUGCCUUCCCUUCCUGUAGUCUCAGGUCGUAGAUCUGCGUAUCCUGGGCACAGGCUGACCAUGGACGAUGGAGUGAACGGGAAGAGCGUCUCACCGCCGGGACCUGCGAAGGCCUACAAGGCUGGCUGGCUGAAGAAGAGCGGCGGAAUUCUGGGUCUAUGGAAGGAUCGCUACAUUCUGAUACAGAAGACACAGUUCCUCGUAUGUGACCAGGAGGAUGAACAGAAGUGUUUGGAGACAUUUGAGCUCGCCAGCUUUGAGCGAUGUCAGGACCAAAAGGGCCUCCUAAAACGCAAAAGGCAUUUCUCAUUGAUUCCGUCCGCGGGCACCAAGGUGCAAGAGGUCAAAUUUCUGGCCAGAAAUGCAGAGGAACGAGACGCAUGGAUCCAAGCCUUGAACGACGGCAUAAACCGGGGGAAAAACAAGGUCUUCGAUGAGGUGAAGGUAGACGCUUCAAUCUCGUUGGAACAUGUGACCCGGGACAGAGUUAAAGUUGGAGCAGCAAAGAGAAGACCCCCAACCAGGAUCCACCUCAAAGAGGUGGCAGAGGCAGCUACUGAUGACUCUCUAAGGUUGGGUCUGGAAUCGUUGGACACUGGAAUAUUAACAAUUGUUCCACCAAUGGCUAAGCCUAAGGAAGCAGAACCAGAACCUCAAAAAGAACCUGUAAAGAUUCCAAUGCCACCCACAAAACCAAAUCCUCCCCCAACUUUGGAGACCACCAUUCCUGACACAACGGACAGCAAAGAUCAAGCACCUCAAGCACCGGCUCCUCCCUCCAAAAAACUUAAAGAAGAUGUUUAUGCCCGCGAGAAGCUAAAGUCUGAAAAUGAACAGACAAGCAUGGAAGAAAAUUCAGCACUCAAGGUUCUUCAAAAUGAGAGUACAGAAAAUCUAAAUGAGGUUAUGAGUUCUCCUCCCAAACCACCUCCGAAAAUUCUUUCUGACAAGAUGAAGAUUAAGUGGGUUGGUUCGUCAUCGGACUUGGAGGACAAAGAGGACGUCGUGUCAGAUGAGAGAGGAAGCAAAGAGAACUUAGUUGACUUUGAGUCUGAUGAUCAAGAACACCCAUCGAAUCCACAUCAAGCAGAGUCAUUAGAAGACUUACAAGAAGAGGAGUUAAGAAGUCGCUCGAAUAGCCUUCAAGAAGAGCGUAAGAGGUCAUCCCAAUAUCUCAAUGACGAAGACACCGAUGAAGGAGCUCUUCAGGGGACAUCUGCAGACGGUAUAUGUAACAGCAAUAAGGACGAAGACAACAAUGAGACGGCAAAGAAAGAUUCACCGACAAGUGACGUCCAAGAACAGCAUACUACACAACCAACCGAUGAGAAAAAGUUCCGAUACGUAAAACACAAAAAGAAAACUGGCCACGUGACAACGCAAACGCAUCACAUUAAAAGUAAAAUGAAAGCCUCUUCCUUGGGAGACCUCUUAUCUUCAACAUCGGAUAAGGACAGCACCAUGCUACAUCUAACCAAAGACGAUUUAGAUCAAGUGGAGAUGAAGCUAGCCUGUGGAAAGGAGAGAACAAAGACUCUGCUAAACCAGAUCUUGAAGGGACAACUUGGAAAGACGGCAGAAGGAAAUGGGGUGGAGUGUAACCCAGAAACAAUUCUAAACGAUCUGAUGACCCAACUUCAAGAGGCCUCUGAAGUUCUUCAAGAGAUAAAGGACAAGGAGCCUAGAAAUAUCUCCAGCACAUCAGAUCUAGGGACUGAUAAGCAAAAAGAAAGGCAGAAAGAACUGAUGGCACUGCAAAGGAGAAGUGUUCCAUUUUAGUACAUUUUUUAGAAAGUCGAAGAAAGUCAAGAUAGAAUGAAAUGCAAACUGCUUUAGCACUUUACUCUUUACAAUCCUGCUGGCACAGCUUGAGGACCAAACUAGCUAAAGUUCCUGUAAAUCCAAUAUUUUUGCAGUACAGAAAUCUAUUAUGUUUUUUACUGUAUACAGUGGAACCUCGGUUUACGAGAAACCCAGUUAACAAGCUUUUUGAAAGACGAGCAACUUUUUUUAAAUAA